GGGAGGGGCCUCGCCGAGCCCAGAAAAACGACAACGCGAGAAAAAUUAGUAUUUUUGCACUUCACAAAUUAAUGACCAUGAGUUCGUUUUUGAUAAACUCCAACUACAUCGAACCCAAAUUCCCUCCCUGCGAGGAGUACACGCAGCACAGCGGCAGCGCCGGCAGCUCCGCCAGCUACCACCCGCACCACCCGCACCCGCACGCCCCGCCGCCGCCGCCACCUCCGCCGCCGCACCUGCAUGCCGCGCACCCGGGCCCGGCGCUGCCUGAGUACUUCCCGCGUCCGCGCCGGGAACCGGGCUACCAGGCUCCCGCGGCGCCGCCGGGGCCGCCGGGGCCGCCUCCCGAGGCGCUCUACCCCGCGCAGGCACCCUCCUACCCCCAGGCGCCCUACAGCUACAGCAGCGCCGGCAGCGCCGCCCCGGGCCCCGAGCAGCCGCCCCCGGGCGCCUCGCCGCCGCCGCCGCCGCCCGCCAAGGGUCACCCCGGCCCGCCCCAGCCCCUGCUCCCAGGCCAUGCCCUGCAGCGCCGCUGCGAAGCGGCCCCCGCCGCCGGGGCCGGCACCGGGCCCGGUUGCCCGCUGCUGCCCGACAAGAGCCUGCCCGGGCUGAAGGGGAAGGAGCCGGUGGUCUACCCCUGGAUGAAGAAGAUCCAUGUGAGCACGGUCAAUCCCAAUUACAACGGAGGGGAGCCCAAGAGGUCUCGCACUGCCUACACCAGACAGCAGGUCCUGGAGCUGGAGAAGGAGUUCCACUUCAAUCGCUACCUGACCAGGAGGCGACGCAUCGAGAUCGCGCACACUCUCUGCCUCUCCGAGCGCCAGGUCAAGAUCUGGUUCCAGAACAGGCGCAUGAAGUGGAAGAAAGACCAUAAACUGCCUAACACAAAGAUGCGCUCCUCAAACCAGUCCACACUGAGCCAGCAGUCCAAAGCACAGACACAGGGCCACCCCCAUCCACUCGAUGGGGCUACACCCAACGCAGCCGCGUUAUAAAUACUUUUUUUUUUUUUAAUAUAUAUAUAUUUACCUAUCUAUUGGGGUUUUCCAGCUGCCCCGUGGUGGAGGCUGGCCGUUUGGACCAAACAACUGUGUAAAACAAAACAGGAGCAGGAAAGGAAGACGAGACGUGCCCAAGAACGGGUACAUGUUUAAACCAAAACCCGGACGAUUGUCUACAUUGUAUAUAGAUAAUGGUUCCAUGCCCAUCAUUUUUUUUCUAUUUAUGGAAACACUGCCUUGCCCUCGGUGUAAGAGAGGGCUGGAUGCUGUCACGGACGAAUUCUCUGUACCUAAGACGGACUCUUUCUUCUUUUCUCCUUUUUUUUUUUUUUUUUUUUUAGAGAACACUUUAAAAAUAAAAGACGGUUAAAACAAAGCAAAGACCUCGCGAGACACUUGUGUAAGGCAUUGACUCGAAUAACGCUGUUUCGUGGCGUGUUCGUGGAUUCCCGCGUGCGUGCGUGUGUGUGUGUGUAUGAGGGUGCACACGCACGUAUGCACACACACACCAACACGGGAGAGAAAACGAACACGUCCACGGAAGGUUAAAGACUUAUAAAAAAUGUCCCCUUACGCUGUCUAAAGGAAAAUGUUUUAUGUAUCAAAGGUAACUUAACUGGUUUUAAGUGUAGCCCCCGCAGUAGCUGUGAUCUAUUAGUUUUUCUCCACAUUCCAUAUUGCAUUUAUUUAAAGAAAUAUUGCUAUAAAGGCUGUUGCUGUCUUCAUAUUUGGCACCGUCUAAAUCGUUUGGGUCCAUGUACAAUUUGUGGAUUUUUGGUGUAAUGUAUAACAGUGCCAAAUGCUGGUAAUAAAGAUUAUUCUGUACAAAAGAAUUAAACGCUUGAAACACAAGUCCACUUAGUGCUGUUUCAUCCACCUUGUGCUUGGCUGGUGUUGGCACCAGGAAUGAAAAACAACGGUUUAAUGUAUUGUUUUAACUUGGAUUCAUCUUGUCAAUAAGGUAAUGGUUGCUUUAAAUAUAGUGAAAAACGUCCUGACUCCUAAUUGUCUGGCUGGGAAAAAGAGCGCUGUAGGACAAGGAAAGGUCUUGCUUCGUUGUAUAGGUGAGUGGUAUUAUCUUUAGCCGACUUAUGGCAGAAUUAGUCCGGCUCUUCAUCGCUGUCCGCACGACUAUUUCCAGCUGCGUUACAGAGAAAUUGUGCUUCUACUGCGAGCCAAUAAGCUCCCAUGACGGGUUUUGCUGGAGGAGA